AUGUUCAUCAGCUCCAAAAUCAUCGCUGCCCUGAUGGGCGCCUCCAUGGUCAACGCUCACAUGAUCAUGAGCAGCCCCAUCCCUUUCAGCAAGGACAGCCUCAACAACUCGCCUCUGGAAGAGAACGGCAGUGACUUCCCAUGCAAGCUCCGUGACAACGCCUUCGAGGCCCCCGCGACUGAGACAAUCAUCGCCAUCGGCGAGAACUACCCUCUCACCUUCGUUGGCAGCGCCACCCACGGCGGUGGUUCCUGCCAGAUUAGUUUGACAACCGACCUGCAACCCUCCAAGUCCUCUGAGUGGAAGGUUAUCAAGUCUUUCGAGGGUGGCUGCCCUGCCAAUGUCGGCGGCAACAUGGAAGGCGGGCCCGACAUCAUCGAUCCCUUCACCUUCAACUUCACCAUUCCCGACGGUAUCUCUGCUGGCAAAUACACACUCGCCUGGACCUGGUUCAACCGCAUCGGCAACCGUGAGAUGUACAUGAACUGCGCCCCAAUCACUGUCGCAGGUGGCUCCUCCAAGCGCUCCCCCGAGGAACUCGAGAGACGCGCUGCUAGCUUCCCUCCCAUGUUUGUCGCAAAUAUCAAUGGCUGCAAAACACCGGAGGGUGUCGAUAUCCGCUUCCCCCAGCCAGGCGACUACGUCGAGCAUGACGGUGUACUCACCAACCUCGCCAAGGAGGGCUCCGAGGCUUGCAGCGGUACCCCUAGGUUCGGCGGUUCUGGUAGCACUGGCUCCUCAGGCUCCGGCAGCUCUGGCUCAGACGCUGGGUCCAGCUCAUCUGGUUCCGGUUCCUCCGUCUCUGAUUCUACUGGCCCUGCUUCUACUGGCUCUUCCCCUGCCCCCGCAGAGAGCACACCCGCCGCUGCCCAAGUCCCAGCUGCUGCUCCAUCGAACCCACCCACCGAGCCCGAUUACGAGCCCGCGUCCACCUCAGCUGCCCCAGCUCCCGUGGAAACCUCUUCGGCCUCCGAAUCGGGACCUGCUUCCAGCUCCAGCUCCAGUUCCAGCCCUGAUGCCCUGACCGGUAGCUGCAGUAUUGAGGGCCAGUGGAACUGCAUUGCAGGCACGUCCUUCCAGCGCUGUGCUUCUGGCACUUGGACCAAUGCUCAGCCAAUGUCGACCGGCACGCAGUGCAACUCUGGUCAAAGUGAGGAGCUUAUUGUCAGUGCCACUAAGAAGGCGCGUCAUAUCUCAAGUAUGCGCUUCCGCAAGCGUACCCUCAGUGGUCACCACAUCCACCUUAGCUAG